AUGUCAAGUACAUCACACACUGGAAACCAAGGCGAAGAACAUAGAGAACAUGCUCAAUCUUCGUCAGGAUCAGCAGCACCUCGUUCUCCUGUCUCACAGCUUCAACUUUUGACUAAGGACCCUCAAUUCUACUGGUUCCUCGGCCAUGUCUUUAUUCUCCUCGGAACCUUUUUCUACGCUCUCAGCUCGCUAAAUUUAGGAAUUAGUAUCCGUGCAGGAUUAUAUUGGUACCGCCAAACAUAUUUCUUAAUCAUUUCGUCAUUUGUGUUUAUUCUUUACUCGGAUUAUAUCAAGCUUCGCAUUAAACACUUUACUACCCCUGUGGCGUUUCUCUACGAUGCCAAUGUACAGUACCUUAUUGUUUCCAUUCUCUGGUUCAUCUUUGCUCCCUUUAUCGGUACACUUCCUCCCUUUGCCAUUUUUUCCUUUUCUCAUGUUCUUUCAUUUUUGCACUCCCACCUUCUUCCAGCCCUCGGCUAUUCUUCUCAAAGCGGACUUUCCGUUUCCAUUAGCAAUUUCUUGACUACUAAUACCCCAGCCUUUAUGUCAACAGUCGCAAACAUUGAGCUGUUUUUACUUGUUCGUUUGACUUUGGCUCUUUUCACUUUCCGCUUGGCUGCCUUUAUCAAAUUUGCAGUCUUUUUGGUCUUUUUCAGACUCCGCUACCAAACAUCUGUCUACACUUAUCGCGUCAUUCAGAGCUGGGAAGUCUUUAUUGAUCGUACCUUGAGCAAUCCCAAUAUCCCUAUUGCUGUCAAGGAAGGCUGGAUCACUUUCAAGGGCUAUGUUCGUAAUAUUUUCGGCACUCUUCUUGGAGGUCCCACUGGAUUCCAUGCUGAGGAAAAGAAUCGUUAA